CCACUUUCCUUAUCCCCUUAACGCGUUAUACAGGAAUGUGAAAUACGAAAAAAUGUUCAGGUCAACCAUGGAAAUGUGCUUAAAAAUAUAAUUGUUUAGCGGAAAAUACAAUUGUCUGACGAUUUUUAAGAAAAUUUAUUUCCCAGGUGUAAGUACCUUGGGCGCGUAUACCUACGUGCACAGGUGCUGGUACACAUACAGAUGCUUUCAAUUCAUACUUACACGCCCAUCCUUCCACUGCUCCUUCAACACUGGUAUAAGGUUUAAGUUUUCACCGGUCCCCCUCCAUGAGUAUCUGCUUAACGUCAACCGUACCUUUACUGGUGGGCAAAACCAUUUCUCCACCAGCUCCUAAGUUGGACGAUACAGUUCGGCGGUGGCCAUCCAACUAAAAGGACCCAAUCGCGUUAAAUCGACGACAAAGUAAUCGACAUCUUGAAUCGGCUCUCAGACUCUGCAAAUCUCGGUAAUUUUCAAAUGAAAGUAAUGAUCAACAAUUGUUGGAAAGAAAUCAGCUCAUCGACUGUGGAGGCUUGUCAACGAAUCCAACGAAGUUAUCCAAAAUAUCCUGUGGGGUGAAAAAUAUUCUACCCCGGGGUAGUCGGAUAAAGUGCGCCGUACUCUUUACUAGAAGAAGGGAUUUCCUCGACACGUUGAUUAGUAUAAUUGAAAAAUCGUCGAACAUCUUAACCGUAGCUCGACGGGUUCGUUGUUUCUCGUGGAAGUCGGGAUGUAUUAAUUGAACGUGCUAACGGAGUAAAUACUAUAAAAAAAUAUUUAUAAAAAAGAAAAAAAAGUAGUACUUUUAUUGAUGAACGAUCCUAAUAAUGUAAUUAAAUUAUACAGAAUGGUAAUGAACUACACGGAUGUCAAUGGACGAGCGGUGAGAGUUCAUUGAGAGAAAUUCGAAGAAGGGAAGUGCAAGAUCUCACGAUAUAAAGGCAUUAAAUAACUAAGAAUCUAUUUAAUUAGGAGGAAUAUUUAUGUUAAAUAAAAAAAAAGAGAAAUUACGGUAGACGUCUGGAACUGAUCCGUCGAUGAGUGAAGCGGGAAUCGAAGGAUCAUUAUGAAGUCUUGACAGAGAUAGAGUUGAAAUUAAUUAUUAAUUUCCGAGGAACCGGUUUAAUACUCUCGCGUGGAAAGUUAGCAACAAUGGCCGGUAUUCCUUUCUUAACUUUACUAACUAUUGCCGGCCUUACUUUCGCCGGUGGAGAGACGGAAAGACUUUUACCCUUGAGUCCAGUAAGCUCUCAAGAUCCAGCGGAUCAUCAAUUGUCCGUGCAUCGUAUCAGGAGUCUUCCGAAGGACGAAGAAAUUCUUCCUAGGAACUGGACCACUAUUUCUGAGACUCUGGACGUCUAUAGUUCGAGAAAUCUCGAGAGGAAUUGGGCAGAAAGGCAAUAUUCCAUCGGUGAUGAAUGUGCCAAGGAUGUGACCAGAUACUUGGAAGGGUUAAGAAACCACGAGCUCUGGGCUAUGAAAGUGGACGACGCCUCCGGACGGUACACCAAUGGAUUUUUCUGGGGCAAUUCUUACUUCCUAGGCUCCGCCACGGAAUGCGCGUUGAUCGGAUACGAUUACUCAAAGAAAAGUGAGAGACUUGCCAGACCUUUGUCGAACGAAAUUCGCGAAUUCACCGUGGAAUCGACGAAAAAACUUAAUGGCGGACUGAGCGGAGCGAAUCUUCUGCCUCCCACGAUCUUGGACAAACCGCCAUUUCCCCUUGGAUUUUUCAUGCUGCGAAUCUCGGUGAAUGGCACCAAUCCCCACCGGACGAAAUUGAUUCAUCUGGGAAUAUGCUUGCCAUUCUCGUGCACAGCAUCCGAUGUAGCAGUGAUAGCGAAAUUAUCCGCAAGCGAAUUUGCAUCCAGACACUCUUCCAUCGAAAGGGUUCGUGACCAGCACAACGUGUACAACAUGUACGCGGAUCCGGUCUUCUGGAUCUUGUUUGGCGUCAGCCUAGUGGUCCUUUUACUAAUGAUUUCCGGCACGGGAUACGACAUAUUUCUCGUUAAAAGACUAUCUCGUAAAACGGCUAGGAAUUACGAUUUGGAGAAACAUGCCAAACUGGACCACCUUACCAAUGGAAUCGUGAAAAUGCAAAAUGCUUUUCAAGGUAAGGUCUACCUUCCUGUUCCAGUGUCGGAGAACAUGGUCAAUGGGUCUCCACCAGUGAAUAACAACAACGAUCGAGAGCAUAAUUCAUCGUGUACAGAUUUGAAUUCGGAGAAGCUCAACGUCUACGAGGAGCUACUGCUCUCUUUUUCUGUUCGAGCUAAUGUAAAAUCAAUCUGCGAUAACGCAGUAGGAAGAGAUACGAUUAGCACCGUCCAUGGUCUUAGAGCGAUCUCUAUGGCCUGGGUUAUCCUUGGGCAUACUUGCAUCGUGGUCUUCAAGUACUCAGACAAUAUGGAGUACAGGAAGGUCGUAGAGAAGAGGCUUCUCUUUCAGACCAUCACAAACGGGGCCUUCAGCGUGGACACGUUUUUCUUUAUGGGGGGUUUGCUCGUCAGUUUUUUGUAUUUCAGGACCAAUGCCAAGGGAGACCUUAAUAAGUUAACACAAGGCACCAAAGGUUUCGUUGCUGGGGUCCUGAAAUUUGCAGGAUUUCUGGGGUACAGAUUUUGUCGACUUACUGCGCCUUAUAUGUUCGUUUUGGGUGUCGUGGAGGUCUCUAUGAAAUGGUUCCAUGCCAAUUCUAUUUUCGAACCACCCACGGCUGAUCAUGAAAACUGCCCGAAUUAUUGGUGGAGGAAUUUACUGUAUAUCAAUACUUUGUUCCCGGUAGAGCAAAUGUGCAUGUUAUGGAGUUGGUACGUUGCAGACGAUACGCAGUUUUACAUCGUGGGGGCAAUAAUACUGAUUAUUGCGACCAACAAUUUCAAACUUGCAGCGUUCUUCACAGUUACUCUGCUGAUUAGUUCAUGGGGUACCACGGGAUACAUUGCGUAUGUGAAUAACCAUAUGCCGAGCUCGGACGAUCCCCUGGCUCUCUUUGACAAAAUUUACGAUAAACCGUGGACCCGAUUAGGACCGUACCUAAUCGGAAUGUCGGUUGGAUACUUCUUGUUCAAAAUUGAUUGUAAAAUAAAAAUGACCAAGACCGCGGUUGUGGUUGGUUGGCUCCUUUCGUCAGCGUGUCUCUUGAGCUUAUUGUAUGGUUUGUACGAGGCAGAACUUAGCCCAGCAACAGCGGCAGCGUAUUCCUCGUUGAGCCACAGUGUUUGGGCUUUGGGACUAUCAUGGAUCGUCAUAGCUUGCAGCACGGGAUAUGGAGGGUACGUUAACGACAUUCUGUCAGCACCGAUUCUCUAUCCAUUCAGUAGAGUGACAUAUUGUGCGUAUUUGGUGCACCCAAUAAUCAUCAGGUUAACCGCAAUGAAUAUGGACGCACCGUUUCACCUGGGAAAGGAUACAGUGAUGAUAACGUUCUUCGGGCAAGUGGUUCUUUCGUACUUCCUGUCCUUCGUAAUUUCCGUUUCCUUCGAGGCUCCCGUAGUUAGUAUGCUCAAGAUUCUGGCGCCUAAAAAAAGAAAGCGCAUUCAAUGAAACGACGAUCCGCUAUUCUUCAGAUGAAUUCUGGCCGAUUAAGCCGUCACCUGUACAUCUUGCAUUCCGUACUUGAAUACUUUAGAUCAAAAGUAUGGACGAAUGAAAAGAUCGAGAAGUUUGUGAAUAGCUGCACUUUGGUACACUAGACUCCACGAUAUGGCAUGCAAGGGUUGCCUAUCACGAGAGAUGAAGUAAUUCCACCUGUGUUACCCUUAAUUUUCUAUAAUGUAUUGUUAGUUGUAAAAAUAAAUUAUUUGCCUUUUUAUCGUGCGUACAGGUUCCCCUUUGAAUAAUUAUAACUUAAAUUAUUCAAAUCAAUUGAAGUAAAAUUUAUCCCUAGGGUGCAUACUCUAGGAAAUUAUUUAUUAUAAAAGUGGAAUUAUGUAUAAUAAAAAGUUGUUUAAGAAUAACUGCAAAAAUAGUAUAAACAUCAACUACGAAAGGGUAAUUAUA